CAUCUGCAAUUCAGGACGAGGUUUUUAAUCUUACUUGUGUGAAUCCAUCAAGUUCUCUAGAGAUGCCUACAACUGAUCCAGAUCCAACAUUUCAUAUGUUUGCAGACUCUCCUUACGGUUUCUACAUGAGAUCAACGUGUUCUAGAAAAUGGAAUUCUGACGACGCCAGCAAAGCGAUCAGACGAAAAUGCGAGAACGUCAAUGCGUCACUGCACGUUUCCAAUGCUGCGUCGGUGACGCCCGUCAGCACACGAGAUAUAACCUACAGGAACGUCUACUGUGCCGUCUGCAAUCACGAAAACGCCAGUGACUACGUUCACUGGCAAGCACAGCUCUACUGUGACGUCGGCGAUCAAGACAUAAAGAUAUUCAAAGACAGCAUUACGAUGCACAAAGUAGAACAAUACUGCAGUAUCGAUAAAUUCUCUCCACCAAAAAUCAAACCCAGACUUCUAGAUCCUCUUCGACCUUGCAUAGCUACAACCCUUGUCGACCAAUGUUUACCCUACAGUAACCGUUCGUCACUAGAUGAAUACAACUGCCGGAAAAGACGCUGCGAGUCUUACACUGAUUACAUCUUUCAACCUCCAUUCGGACCCUACUUCAAGAACAUCGACUGCGCACUGUGUAAUAACUUUCACGUUGAGGAACUAAGUUGUGAAAAGCAACUCAAUCGUCAUCCUAGUACGAUUGUGGGGGAUGGUAAUGCGCCCUAUUUGAGAUCAUUUUCCGCAUUGCUGGGUUUCAGCGGGAGCGGGAAAAUGUCGUUUGAAGCGUUCCACACAACGACCGUGUUGAAGCGAUGUCAAGUCGGACGGGUCUUUGACACGACAAGAAUGCAGUGUGUAGAUCUCGUCUGUCCGCCAGGUUUCCAUCUAGACCGACACGUCUGUCAACCAUCCUUACCGAUUGCGGUAGUUGUCCAGUUUACUUUGCUUUCUAACGCAACGAUACAACAAUUCGAAAACAUCGCUGGUCCUUCUCUUCAAGACGAAAUUCACAGAACACUGGAAAAGCUGUUAGUCAACGCUUCUGUAAAACAAGUGAGCAUCUUUAUAGAUACCAUCAACUCUAGUCUAGUAAUAUCCUCGUUACUUGAAGUGCCCAACAACGACAACCCAAUUGCACAAAUAGAAACAAAAAUCAGAAAAAUCCAAUUCUAUUACGCGGGAAUUUGGUUCAAAUCCGCUCGCUCUUUUACUGUCAGCGUUGCCACACCAAAUGCUGGUAAUCGCUUGAAGUGCGACGCAUACAUCGCCAUCAACGAAUCAGAAUACCAAAUCCUUACCAACAAAUCCCUCCUUCACACCACCAGCAACACUCUCCUCCAACCCUCAGACUACGUCCUCUCAAACGGCACCAUCAUUCGAUGCAACCAAUACAAUCGAACGUACACGAACAACGUGACGACCUCUGUCCACACGUGGGACUACACCGAGCCCAUCCACUUCGUCUCCGCCGUCGCCGCCGCCGUCCUCGUCUUCUCCGGCGCCUCCCUCUUCGUCACCUACAUGCUCUUCGAAAAACUUCGAACUCUCCCAGGAAAAUGUACGAUGAACUAUGGACUUGCUAUUGCCAUUUCGCAGUUGUUCUUCAUUGUCGCGCCUGGAAUGACGGCAAACCAGGACGUGUGCACGGCGAUGGGACUUUGUCUUCACUACUUCAUGCUUUGUCAGUUCACGUGGUCGAGCAUACUGGCAACCAACCUGAUCAAGACGUUUGUCUUUCGUCGUUUGUUACGCGAUACGCAGUCAAAGCAAUCGCAAUCUCGCAGCUACACUCUUUAUUGUGUCUACGGAUGGGGAGCUCCGUUCGUCAUGUCGAUGACUGCUCUCAUAUUGGAUCAGAAGACGGACGUCGAUAUCUACUUCGCCAGCAGCCACUUAUGUUGGCUUCAACCCGAAGACGCGAAUCUCGUCGCCUUCAUGGUACCUGUCUUCGUCAUUUUGAUGUACAAUUUCGUUGCUUUCGUCUUCGUCACGUUUUCCAUCUGUCGUCUGUCUAGAGCGGGAUCCGCCGCUCGCAGUGAGAUGGCGGACACGAAGGGUCAAUCGGCUAAACACACGAAGGUAUUUCUCGGCACUUUCAGUCUUCUCAGCUUGACGUGGAUUAUUGCGUUUUUGGCUUGUAUCGACGGUACGAGAACCUGGUUGUGGGGCGUUUUCUCUGGCACUUGCAUUCUACAGGGAAUAUUUAUCUUCGUCGUCUUCGUACUAAACAAAAACGUCCGACGUCUUUACGCCAAUCUGCUGCGAAAUGGAAAGCGGAGCAUGAGCUUCCGCGAUAGCCUUCGAAGUACGCGUCUGUGGAGUAUCAUGCAUUCGAGAUCGACGAGAAAAGAGAGGGGGGAAUCCGCCAGAUCGACGAGUGACCUCAACAUUGCGGUAGAGACGUCGACUUGAUCUAGAGACAUGCAUGCAGUAUAGUCGUAGUCUGAGUCGGCUGUGUACGCUAGCACAAAUCUCAUCGCUAACUAGUAUUACGAUUGCUUGCAUACGCUAAGCUUGUAUACGCUGAAAUACUGUACUAUGCGAAAAUUUAAAGAUGA